AAGAUGGGUGGUAAUAGGUGGUGUGCGUCAUACGUUGCGCAGCCCGCUGCGCUGCUCUCUGUGUGUUUUGUGCUCAAGAAAGACGGUGGAGGAGAAGCUUAUUUUGAAAUCCUCGACAGGAUAUGUGGCUUGUUUUGGCUGAGGUAGAGGUAGAGAGGUCCACCUGCUGCAGCAGAGCGGCUACAGACCUGCUGACUGAAUGACCGGAGCUGCGGCGGGACUUCAACUCUGCUCUGCUUCAGAGACGCCGCACGUUUCUGAACGAGACUGUUUUUCCACUGACAUGUGUGGAGGACACAGCGGCUGGAUUCCUGCGCUGACGUUUUCUUUUUCGAAGAGAAGAAACUGAGCCGAAGGUGCGACAGCGGACACAUCUGCUCUGUGGGCAGCGACCCUUCAUGUCCACCCCGUCAGGUGAUGCAGGCUGGCCUGUAGGGAUCUAAUUCCACUCGGUCCAGGUGUGGGCGGACAGGGACUUGGCAGGAAUUUCGCCAAAAUUACGACGGGAAUCAAGUACAGUUCACUGUCUCCCGGUACCGGGGGAGACCACCGGCCGCUCGUCAUGUCUCGCGCCAAGGAGCGACUGAAAGCCGGGAAGACGAAGGACAGUGUCACUCUGCUGCCGUGCUUUUAUUUUGUGGAGCUCCCCAUCCUGGCCUCCUCUGUUGUCAGUCUUUAUUUUCUGGAGCUGACUGAUAUUUUCCAGCCGGUGCAUUCUGGGUACACUUGUAAUGACCGCAGCUUGUCGUUGCCCUACAUCCCGCCCAGACAGGAAGUCUGCCCACUCCCUUUGCUCUUCAGCUUGGCCUUUGCAGCUCCAACAGUCACAAUCCUGAUAGGAGAAGCCAUCCUGUACUGCUAUCUGUCCAGGAGGUCGUCAACCACUCAGACUGAAGCUAACAUCAACGCCGCAGGCUGUAAUUUCAACUCCUACAUUCGCAGAGCUGUCCGCUUUAUAGGUGUCCAUAUCUUUGGCCUGUGUGUGACGGCUCUGAUUACGGACAUCCUCCAGCUGUCCACUGGGCAGCAUACGCCCUACUGGCUGGAUGUGUGCAAACCCAACUUGACCCACAUUAACAUGUCGAGCUGUGAUGAAGCCUUCAUUCUGGAGGAUAUCUGUUCUGGACCGGACCUGGGACUCAUCAACGCUGGGAGGAAGUCUUUUCCAUCCCAGCAUGCCACACUGGCUGCCUUUGCUGCUGUCUACAUCUCUAUGUACUUCAACACAGUGCUGACAGACUCAGCCAAGCUCCUGAAGCCUCUGCUGGUCUUCUCUUUCGUCAUGCUGGCCAUCCUGGCCGGAUUGAUCCGGAUCAUUCAGUUCAGAAACCACCCUGUGGAUGUGUACUGUGGCUGGUUACUGGGAGCUGCCAUCGCUGUUUAUUUGGGUGUAUACGCAGUAAGCAACUUCAAGCCAAGUGAAGAUCGCUGCAGAAGUCAACUGAAUCCUCCCAUUCUUAGAGAGCGAUCCCUCUCUUCCCUCCCCAAUGUUAGCCAAUCAGCAACCAGCAACAGCCACCAAGUCCACCACACCCUGGCCCCCAGCCCACCAAAGCCCAUCAUUACAAGGACCUCCUCCCACACUUUGGCCCCUGACCAUCCAGUACCCAUCCUAACCCGAAGCUCCUCCUAUCGAGAGCCAUCUAUGAGCAAUCUGAAGAGAGCCAGUGCUGAUGUGGAGGUGAUCACUCAGUCCAGUCCACCUGGAAACCGUGACAACAUGAUGACCUUCAGCAGCAGCACACUGCCAAGGUCCCAUGGAGGCUCCUCUGUGGAGGAAGGCCGUAUCCCACGACGACAUGCCUCCAUCCACACCUCCAUGGACUCCACCAGAUCCAAGCAGCUGCUCAGCCAAUGGAAGAACAAGAAUGAUAACAGGAAGCUCUCGAUGCAGGUGAUGGAUGGAAUAAGGCCGCUCCCUUCCUCUUCUCCCCAGAGGAACACAGAGUUCCGUUGCUCCUCCGAGCCGUGUGCAAUGGGCCUGGAGGCGGAGCUCCGGGCUGGAGCCCACAUACCUUCGUCCUCAAGCCAGGAAGUGGAGAUGCGUGCUGGGGCCCAUAUCCCGGCGCAGUACAUGAAAUUAGCAGCAAGCUCUGUCCCCAUUAGCAAUCAUAAUCACCUGGCACAUAAUGGCAGCAGUGGAAUGGCCGGUGGGGCCAGAGUCUCCAUGCAGCCUCGUCCUGGAUCCUCCCAGCUGGUUCACAUUCCUGAGGAGGAAAAUCCUAACAACAAGGACCAGGAGAGUGAAUCAGAGGACAGCAUGAUGGACGGUGGAGGGUCAGUGAGAGAAAAAUGGCUGAGAGUGGCUGAGAAGACCACCCUUCCUUGCAGACCCCUGAGUGCUGGAGGACAGCCUCGUCUAAUGCAGGUCAUAGCCUUGUCCAAACAGCAAGGUCUCCUUCACUCUCCUCGUUCUGAAGAUGGUGGAUCUAUUCGGUACAGAGCGCUGACAGAUCAAGAUCCAUCUCCGCCGGCCUCUACCACUGGGGCAAUAGGAGUUGGAGGAGGUGGUUUGGAAAGAAGUGGCAGCAUAGUUCGUGUAGAAGCUCAUCCUGAAUCCAGACAAAAGCCUGUGGUGAAACCUCCAAGCACAGAUGGCAGUGGAUCAUGGCGAUGGAAACCGCCAGAACAAAGAGCAUCCCUUCGACAGUCAACGUUCGCCCUAAAUGACCUAAACAGACACACAGACAGCUGCGAUUCUCUGAGAGAUGGAGGUUCAGUGGACGGAAGGAGGAGCGUGACAGGGACUGAAUCAGAGAGUGAAGGUGGGGGGGAUGUAGGAGGUGGAGGGGUGGGGGGAGGAGGUGCAUUCGCCAAUCAUCCACGUGUGAUGCAUCCUUUGCACCCCUUACACCAAAAUAAUCCUAACAAUUACCAGCAUCACAAUUUUAACCCCAACAAUCCCAAAAAUCCAAACUUUAACAAUUUUCAUCCAAGUUAUAACCCCAGCUCCAACAACUCCAACAUGUCUUUUCCUUCCACUGUCACCUUUGCUCCUCCCUUCCACCCUCAUCCCCAAGCAGUCACCACUAUCAGGGUGACCCCAGUGGAGACGACAGCUGCUAGCAGUGACGGAGGUUCAGACAGCCAGUCAGUGGCCUCGUCCAGCCGGGAGUCCACUCUUCGAAGAAAGGGCAGCACCAAUGUUGUUCAUGUCCAAGACCGAGGGCCCACCCCGGAUCUGCAUAACAACCACCGCCCCAGUGAUGACAGCAACCGCCUUGACAAUGAGAGCAGCAACCGUUUCCAUGAAAACCUUCGAAAUUUUCAAGAAAAUCCAAUCCAGCCUAAUUUCCCCAACAGGCAGAUGCAGGUUGUGUUUGGUCGUCCAAGCCCAACUCCUCCCCCUACUCUGCCCCGCCCUCUCCUGACUCACACUCCACCUCCUACUCUGGGGCUGGCCUAUAAAGAAUGAGUCAUCCAUCUGUACCUGUGUUUAAAACAAUGUGACCAGUUUGAGACUGCUGGUGGGACCAAAACUUGUAAGAGUGUGGAAUCAUAUCUAUCCACUGUCCGGGAUCAAGACUGGGAAUGUUUCCCUCUCCCACAAUAGUGAGUAUUCAAUCAGUUCCAACCAACUCCAUCAGUUGUGAAUUUUAUAGCCUGGGCUCUAUGUGUAAGAGUUUGAGCCCAUUUUUCAUUGUGUUUAUUAUUUAACUUUAUAUUUAAAUCAACGCCUGUUGGAGAGACUGGAUAACUUUUGCCAAACAGUGACUUCAUAGGCACAUACACAAUGGGCUGAACAAACUGAGUGAUGCUAGUGUACAAGGGAACCCAGAUCUCCAUCCGCUGUCCUCCUUUUACACCUGUGAGUUUGACGCUGAUUGGAUUCACAAUCAUUUACAAAUUUAUCAGCUUUUAUACUUUUACUACACAAACCAUCAACUUGUGAACAUUACAGAGUGAGCAAUUGAUCUACAUUCUAUGGCCACCCUGUGAUGUUUUUUGUGUGAAUCUGCAGCCUGAAUCGACCCCCCAAUCUUCAGUGUGAGUGGGCCGCAGUCCUGAGUGCAGUCAGAGCAGUAACAGUAUCUUAUAGCUGACUGUGGUAUUGUGUUUGUGGUGGCAGAGAUCAAUAAGUUACAUAUUGUGUUAAAUAUACAGUAAAACAUGCUGUCUUUAUUCUUUUAGAUGCAACAUUUUAAUUUUGUGCAGUAUGAUUUGCUGCUGAUCUUAGUGUUGUUGGUGCUUUGACAUGUGGAGUGGGAAUGAUCUAAAUCCACCGAAACAACAACGAGGCCAAAGACUAAACCCAAGACGUAGAGAUACAAAUUACACAUUACGAUUCAGACAGAUUAAUUUAUUAUAAAAAUCUACAUAUAGUUUAGGACAGUGGUCCCCAACCUUUUUAGUACCGCGGACCGGUCAAGACUUCGAAAAUUCGCUGCGGACCGGGGGGGCGGGGCACGCAACAACACUUAGCAUAUUUGCUACGGACGGGCCUGAGGGAGGGGGGUUGCGCACAAGACUGCACUGCGGAUCAGGGGGCUGGGGGGGUUGCGCGCAGAGACGGAAGUAUUUAAUUAUUUCUUCCGCGGCCCGGUACCAAUUGGUCCACGGAUCGGUACCGGUCUGCGGCCUGAGGGUUGGGGACCACUGGUUUAGGGGAUAUAGUAUUAUGGGAAAUGUAAUUUUAUUUAUUUAUAAUUAUAUAAAUUUCAAUAUGAUUUUAAAACUAACAAUCCAUAACACAUCUGAAUCCCUGUUCAAAAUGAUAAUUAAACAGUAGCAAUUUCUUUACCUGUCUAUAAUUUUGUAUCCAUAACAAGCUUUAGAUGUUAAUGUGUUUAUAGCACCAAAAUGAAUAAGGCAGUUUAUCUUUAAUGUAUAAGUCAACUUUUUAGUUGUUUUAAUGAAUUUUACACACCUAAACCUUUUUUGCUAUAUCAAUAUCAUUACAAUUGAUAUUAAUAAUUGCUAGGUAGUUGUACAUAUAUUUAUGUCAAAAAUGUUCAGUAUGGCUCUGUUGGUUCUCUACUCACUAGGGCUGCAUAAUAUAUCACAAAUGUAUUAUCAUCAAAAUAUCAGUGUGCUCAAUAUUCAUAUCACAAAAAAAUGUUUGGACAGCAAUAAUUGUUGGGUAAUAUAUUUUACAAGUUGUAUUUUUCAUGUUAAUGCAAUAUUUUGCCAGUAGGACAAAGUCUGGACAGCAAAAGGUCAAACCAGGCCAAGAGAUCACAGAGUAACCACAGAUUCAAAAGAGAGGAAAGAAGAAAACAGGCACCUGAUAUUAUCAUCACAAUAUUUACCAAAAUUAAAAUGAUUGCCAUCAGUAGAUUUUAUAAUAUUGUGCAGCCCUUGUACUCACUUGUACCAAACCUACCUAGUCCUGUUUUAAACCUGAAGAACAAGUGGAACCAAAAUGUGAAACUCUGUUAGUAACACAACUUUUUAACGAAAACAUGAGAGACGAUGAACAGACCAGAACAACAGUCUGCUGCAGAACAUUAUGGUUUAUGAAGAACGCUUCAAGCUUUAUGUUGCCAUCAUUCAACAGUGAGACAUUAUGUAGCUGGUUCUAUCAAUCAUAUCCUUCCUUCCUUUCAUCUUUUUUCUUCUUUCUUUGUUCCUUCCUUCUUUCCUGUAGUCACAGAUCUCACGUGAUAUUAUUGCAGUAUUUACUGAUAUGAUCCUAUCACAACAUUUUCUAAUAUUGUGCAGCCCUAAUGUGAACUCCAUGCAGAAAAUACCCAGGUAGGAAUUUGAACCCAAAAGCUUCUUGCUGCCACGCAACAGUGCAGCUCCAGCAGUGAUCACAUCAAUAGGAUAAAUUCAGCAGGUAUAAAUCCUUCAGUGAUUUUUUUUUUCUUUUUGCCGGUAAGCCAGCUUGUCCACAGACAUGAUCUGUUUUCACAUUCCUGUUUUACUUCCUGCCAAAGUGUCAUCAAAGAAGACAUGUACUGUCAGCUGCUCUCAGUGUGUUCAUCGUUUUAUUGCAACUUCCUUGGAAACAGAAAUGCUGUCAUGUUUGGCUUGUUUGAUAUAUAAGCACAGUUGAAAGAGCUAUUUAUGUAUAAAAACAAUCUCCUUUUCUCACAGUCUGACAUUUAUUCAGAUAAAACGGUUCUUGGUCAGUUAGGAUCAUUAUAAUGAGUGAGAUACAUUAGUUUUGAUUUUUUUAAACAUAUUUUACAUUGAAAGGCUUUGAUACAUUUCCUCAGUAUUGAGUAGAAUUCUCUGUUAAGUUUUUUGAUGUGGGUCAAAAGUUUCUGGUAACUUUUCUCAGUCUCAGACUGGUUUGCCUUUACAGUCCAUUCUCUCUGACAGACUGGAACUGAGUCACAUUUGUAGGCUGCCUUGCUCACACACAGCUUUAUGGUUCUGCCCAGUAAUAUUUUGGAACUCAUUUGUCUCUUUGGGUCACUGUCUGUUUGGAAGACCCAUAUCUACCCAAGUUUUAACUUCCUGGUUGAUCUUUUGAGAUGUUGCUUCAAUAUUUCCCCACAGCAGUCUUUGUUCAUCAUGUCAGCUAUUUUGAUCAGUGCACCUGCAGAAUAACAAUCACACAGCAUGACACUGCCACUCCCAUACCUCAAAGUUGGGUUACAAGCUUCCGCCUUUUUACUUCAAAUGUUACAAUGGUCAUUAUGGUCCAAUACUUCAACUCUAGUUUAUCAGACCUGAACAUGUCACCAGAACCUAAAGAGUUUAUCCCAGAAUGCAUCUGCAAACCGAAAUAUCAUCAGCCAUCACCAGCAUCUUCACCAGAUCUCCUACUUUUGUUGUGGGGUUGAUGCACACAUUUCACACCAGGUCCUUCCUGACUGCUGUUCAUCCUCAUCAAUGAUAGUUUAAAUAAAUGAACCUGGCACCUUCCAGCCAUGGAUGGACCAGAUUUUCAGUUGGCUGAUUUCUUUGGAUUUUCCCAUAAAAACACACAUUAAACAGUUUGUUUGAGACGCAACUCAGAAGUUGUGAAUUAACCUUUAAAUCAAUAGCCUUUAAAAGCACAGCCUCAUCAAAUGUUAUGGUUAGACAAAUUCUUUAAAGGCAUGGUAAUCCUCAUGUAUAGAAACUAUGAACAUGAGGCAAGAUAAAAUUUCUCUAAAGAAGCCUUUAGAAAUGACUUUAAUGUUUUAUACAGUAUGUAAGUAUCAGGUGUUGGCUUUGUCAGAAAAUAGACAGAAUACAAUAGAUAUGUAUAACUGCUGCUUUGUAUAUUAUGAUUUUAUAGGCUUCUGCUCAGAUGUUAGUUUGCUUAUUAUGAAAUUUUAGCUGUCAUGAUGAAGCUUAUAUGAUGAUAAUACGCUGUCAGUAUGUGUUGAUGUAUUUUUAACUUCAUCCAAAAUAGUAAAAGGAAAAAAUAUUUCAACUUUUAUUACAUAGUGGGCAUUAUUUUAGAAGUGUGACUGAAUGUGUUUUAGCAGCUACACAGGUUGAGUCUAGUCAGUGAAGGAUGGGCUCCAAAUAUCCUGAUCACUCAACAAAAAGCACAUUGUUGUGCUAACCUUUGACCUGGUUUGAUGUUUUGCAGUUGUUAGAUUAUACAAAGGAUUUUAUAGGAAAUCGGUUCUAUUGUCCUGAAUCAGAGUUGGUGGAAGGAUGAAAAGGAGUUAGAGCCCCUAAACUCUGAAAACGGAAUUUAGGAAAGGAGGAAAAAGAAGUGUGAUGGCAGUCUAUCAUUAUCUGACUGGGAGGAUGGAGAAGCUGGGGGGCAGAACCACCCUGAGCCACCAGAACCACCCAGAGCCAUCAGAACCACCCUGAGCCACCAGAACCACCCUGAGCCACCAGAACCACCCUGAGCCAUCAGAACCACCCUGAGUCACCAGAACCACCCUGAGCCACCAGAACCACCCUGAGCCAAAAGAGCCACCCUGAGCCAUCAGAACCACCCUGAGCCACCAGAACCACCCUGAGCCAUCAGAACCACCCUGAGUCACCAGAACCACCCUGAGCCACCAGAACCACCCUGAGCCAAAAGAGCCACCCUGAGCCAAAAGAGCCACCCUGAGCCAUCAGAACCACCCUGAGCCACCAGAACCACCCUGAGCCACCAGAUCCACCCUGAGCCACCAGAACCACCCUGAGCCAUCAGAACCACCCUGAGCCACCAGAACCACCCUGAGCCACCAGAACCACCCUGAGCCAUCAGAUCCACCCUGAGCCACCAGAACCACCCUGAGCCAUCAGAACCACCCUGAGCCAUCAGAACCACCCUGAGCCAUCAGAUCCACCCUGAGCCACCAGAACCACCCUGAGCCACCAGAACCACCCUGAGCCACCAGAACCACCCUGAGCCACCAGAACCAGCCUGAGCCAAAAGAGCCACCCUGAGUCACCAGAACCACCCUGAGCCACCAGAACCACCCUGAGCCACCAGAACCACCCUGAGCCACCAGAACCACCCUGAGCCACCAGAACCACCCUGAGCCACCAGAACCAGCCUGAGCCAAAAGAGCCUGCUAGUUGACAGUUUGAACACAGCUAAAAUUUGACCCUCAUGGUUUUGUUCAUGUGUUGGUAGCAGGAUCUUCUAUUGUAAAGCACAGUCAGAGAGUCACGUCAGGUCAUUGACCCGAGCAUAGGAAUGUUCCAGGAAUAAAUCAUCUUUAAAGUGUGUAGAGCAUCUGGUAGAAAACAGCAGAAAAAACUACUUUGAAAAGUACUAGGAGCACAUCAGCGUCAUGGGCAAAAUUGAGCUAAUUCACUGGAAUGCAUCAGUUCUGAUAGUUCAUGUGGAGCGUCUUCAUCCAGUGUGAUGCAGGUCUUAACAACGUUCCCUGAGGAGCUCUCACAGAACCAGUAUUCAUUUUCAAAUGUUUGAACACUAAUAUAGAAAAAGGAAGUUAUUAUACAGAAUGUCAAAAGGAAGUCAUUGUGACUUUAUCCUAAAAUAUAUAGAACUUAAAAGUGUUCACGUUUGUUUACAAAUCAAGAUGUAUUUUAAUAAGUUUAAAAAUAUUAAUAUUUUCUUUUAUGCUUAUUUAGUUAAAAUAAUUCUAUUAGAGAUAAUACAUAGAUUGUUGGAGUGCCCUAAAAGACCAGCACUCUGUCUAGAAGGUUCAGACUGAAUAAAGUUGUAUUUAGGAUCUAUAAUGAAUGUUAGCAACAUACAAUCCUGGCAAGGAUGAACGACUCCAGUUUGUUAGUUUGAAAUAUUUCUCAAAAAGUGCAAUUUUUCCAAACGUAAUUCUAACAUUUUGAAGUUUAUUCUUUCACAGUUGCGUUUACUUAUUUUUACAUUAAUAUUAUAUGUGAUAAUGGGCAAAAACUACUUCUGGUGCUUCUCCAAACUGUGCCGUUAAAACCACUGCAAAAAAGAGCAAACCAAGAGUACCUUUUUGUUGUUUUUGCAAAUCUUUAUAAAUAAGAGAAUAACUGCUUUAUCAGUCACAAUUGGAGAGCAGAACUUUCUUACAUUACCUUCCACAAAUACAAUGUUUCUCAAUCAUCAUAAGCUAGGAAUCGACAUCACAUCCAGUGCCAUUUUGUUUAACUUGCAUAGUUCUGAGAAUGAAAAUAAAACUGAGUUUAUGUGUGCACAUCCCACACAGUUCAAAGCUUUUUUAGAGGGACUCUGAAGUUAAUUUGAGCUAUUUGCAGAUAUGUGGUCCAUAACUUCCAACAAUACUGGGGGACAGUGUACCCUAUGCAUACGUUUAUCCCUCUGUAUAGUUCUGCAGAAAGGAAAGAAUAUUUUGAUAAAUGUUAGUAAAUAUGAUUUCUAAUCAUCCCAUGGUGUGAUCUAGUCUGGUGUUAACACUUAUUACCCGACACAUGAAUCCCUCAGAAUAUUUGAUCAUAUUUGAUAUUUGCUUCAGUUUCAGGUUGUACCUGUAGUUGUAAUUAUUUAUGUUUUCGGCAGGAUGUUGUUGAAAAUCUCCUUGCUUAACAACUACUGUUCAAUGUAAAUGUAAAGAAAUUUGAUUUCAAAGCCUAAAGUCAUUUGUCAAUGGAAACUUAUGUCCAUUUUUUCGAUGUUGUGAAAUGUUAUUGACCUUAUGUACCUUUUCUUUUUCUGGAAUAUAACAUUUAAAGUCAGGCUGUACUGGCACAAGUCUGAACGAUCUGGAAGCACAACUUAGAUCCACGCAAGAAAUGAGUCGACCCCAAAACAUUCCAACAAAUCUCACUUAUUCACCGGAAAUUCACUGAGCUGUCCUUGACUUUAAAAUGGAAUGAGUUUGCCGUUUAAAAUGUUGAUCAAUUUCCAACUUUAUGACAUGAGAAGCAUUCUAAAGAGCUGAUUACAUGUCUGUGGUCCAUCCUUGAGUCUGAACUGCUUUCUAUGUCGUUGCUAUGGAGCUGCGUUAUUAAUAUCAAAUGUGUAAGUAGCUUUAUCAAGAGUUUACAGUUCAUAUGUUGAUUUCAUCUUUCACUCAUUCAAACCAUGGUGAGAGUUUUCUGUAGGAACCUUUGGUGUCCUGGACGGUUCCGCACAAACAUUCUGAAACAUAAUUAAUACUACCUAUUGGUCCAAAGUUAAUGACACUGAAAGUGAAUGGUUCAGAGAAAAUGAUUUAAAUACUACGUAUUUCUAAUACUUUGUGUUUUUUCUUUUUAUGGCUUGUAGUAUUAAACAUUAUGUAGAUAUUUCUCUUAGUGUAUAGCUUUUAUUUACUCUGGCUAAAUGUGAAUAUUUGCCAUAGCAACUAUAUAGUGUACUGACAGGGUGGGGACUGGCUCUCCGGUCAGGCCUGUAGUGAGCUGUGAAGGGAUUGCUGUAACCGUCUGAGAGCAUCAGGUCCAUCUAACACCACUUUGUUUCCAGACACGUUGAAAUGCUGAAACACUUACAGUGGGUUUGUCUGAGAAACUGGUGCUUGGAUGUGGAAAUGACAUCAUGCCAAAUCAGAAAACAAAUUGCUUUGUUGCUAAUUACCAUUAGCAAUUCAAGUCAACAGAAUUAAUUUUCUCUCUGUUUUAUGUUAAAAGGCUAAAUAGACAUGUUCAUAUGUAGGGGUUGUAAAUGUGAUACACAAUAUUAAAAUGCUGCAACCUUGACUGGAUUUUAUAUGCAGCCAUAUGGGACAGUGGCUGUCUUGGCUGAAGGAGGCAUAUUGGUACAGUAUGAGCGUAAGAAAAGCAAACUUAACCCUUAAAAUUUCCUACAAUUUAACUUUGAAGUAUAUAAUGCAUUGCAUUAAGGCUAACAAUUCAUGUUUAAAGUUCCAGCCAGCACCGAUGUCUGGUUGGAUCCCAGUCAGAUGAAGACUGGGACAGGCCAAAGUUUCUCCAGUUUAGCUGUGAUCUCAAACUCCAGCCCUGAAGGGUCGGUCUCCUGCAACUUUUAGAUGUCUCACACCAACAUUAGUUCAUCAGCAGAGCUCUGUGGAAGCUGACUGCAUGCAGUUUAGCCAUUUACAGUAAUUUCAGUGUGUAGGACAAGGGACACAUCUAAAGGUGGCAGGACACGGACCUGCCACCUUUAGAUGUGUUUCUAGUUGCUGGAGUUUCUAGUUGCUGCAUAUUUCAUCUGUGAGGUUUUUACAUUGGAUCAGAUGCCAAAUCGGAUUCGGUGGGUCUUGGCCUUAACAGUAUGUCUCAGUACAUGUGAUGCUACUGAAUUGCGUCUACUAGUGAAAAUGUUUUUAUUGCACUUGGAUGCAUAAAAUAAAGAGCGUUCCAUUGUUAUCUGUUCUACUUUAGGCACACGUAGCAAAAUUUCACUGGGUUUCAGAUUUGAACCUUGAACAUGAUCCCAGGUCCAAGUUCCACAUUCUGAAGCAAAGGAAAGAAAUCAUAUGAAAUGCUACAAACUAGAAGACUCUUAUAUUUUUUGUGUAUUAAAUAAUAGGUUGCUGAGCUACCAAACUGUACGACCUAUAAACAGCAGCGAGGGCUUUUCCUGAGGGCUUCACACUCUCGAUGUUUUAUGGACUAAAUAAGAGGUUUUUCUCACAGAGCUGCUGCAGUGUUCCCUUUAUCAAGACACUGCCUCUAGACUGUUAAAGACAAAUGUCCAAGAAUGUCUCACACAUGGUCCAGAUUUGCAUUUCUAAAAUGUUGCUGCUGUAAAAUGUUUUUGAAGGUUUAGUGUGGUUUUGGCUUGGUUUUUUCUUUAAAAUAUGCUUAUUAAUGUGAGCUUUGCUGUUUCUAUUGCUAAAAAAAAUAAAUAUUUAUAUCUUUUUACUUAUCCCUGUAAAGUGUUCAUGAGCUCAGACUGGUUCUCCUGGUUCCAUGUAGAUUUGCUCAUUGUUCCAAAGUGUUAGCCAACCUGCUGAUUCUGACAUCAUCAGGUAUGUUGGAAAGAACAGACAUUUGGAAUCUGUUCCUAACCUGUAUAAGUUUCAGUAUAAGUGUGCUGACUCUGUAGCUACAAGUACAUUAAACAUGAAGAUCAUGAAGAAGUUCAAUUCAGUUCAGUUUAUUUAUAUAGCACCAAAAUUCACAACAAAUGUUGUCUCAAAGGACUUUACAAAACAAUCAUUUCAGUUCAAUUCCAAUUGAUUCUAGUUAUCAAACAGUACAGUAUGCUCAACUAAUUAUUCAAAGUAGCUUAAAAAGUUUCUAAGUAAAACCAGCAGAGCAUCAAGUUAUUGACUUGCAGCAAUCCCUCAUACUGAGCAUGCAUGUAGUGACAUGGAAAGGAAAAAGUCCCGUUUAACAGGAAGAAUCCUGCAGCAGAACCAGAACCAGAACCUGGCUCAGUACAGGCACCCAUCUUCCGCUAAUAAAAGAAUUCAAAGUUUAUUUUUGUCAUUCAUUUCAGAAAGUGAAACUCACACCAAUAGAUUAAUCACAUGGAGGGAAAUAUUGUUGUAAUUUUGAUGAUUAAGGCUCAGAUAUUGAACACCUAAAAUUCAAUGUCUCGGAAAAUGUGAAUAUUACAAAAAGGAAAAUAUUAGAACCUCAUGGUGAAACUGACACCAUAAUAAGUGAAUUAACCUGCAAACAGCUGAAGGUUUCCUGAGUGCUCUCUCACUCUGGGUCAGUCGGCUACACACAAUCUGCUGACUGUGUGUAGUCACAGUCAGCGUCCACAAGGAGGGGAAGACGCAGCAAAUCAAUGCUGAAGAAGCUGGUUGUUGCAUCCAAGCAUAUUCAUAGAAAGUUGAGCAGAAGGAAGAAGUGUGGUAACAGAAACAGGGAGGACUGCAGCCUUGAGAGGGUUGUCAAGUGAAAUCUUUUUCAGAAGAGUCAUUACACACAGACGAAUACCAGACAUGAGUGACGAAUGCUGCAUUCCUCAUGUCACAUUCUCCUGAACCAGAGGCGUUGUCAGGGUAAGGAGAACUGGAACUGGAACGCUAUGGUCCAGAGUUCUGUUUUCAGGUGAAAGUAACUUUAUUUGGAAUCAAGGUCUCAGGGUCUGGAGGAAGAGUGGAGAGGAACUCCAGAGUGAAGUUUCCAGUCAGUGAUGGUUUGUCAUCUGCUGGUUCUGGUCCACUGGGUUUUCUGAAGUCCACAGUCGAUGUAGAAUCUACCAGGACAUUCUAGAGCACUUUAUGCUUCCCUCUGAAUGCAGAUGCUGAUUUUAUUUUCCAGCAAAACUUGGCACCAGCCCACACUGCUAGAGGUACCAGAAGCUGCUUCAGUGAUUCUGGUGUUCCUGUUCUUCAUUGACCAGCAAACUGGCCUGACCUUUAACCCCACAGACAAUCUGUGGGAUGUUGUUAAGAGAAAGAUGAGGCCCCAGACCCAACUAUCAAAGCUACCUGGACUUUAUUACAUCUGAGCAGAACCACAGGCUGAUCUCCUCCAUGCUGCGCUGUGUUGAUGUAGUAAUUCAUGCUAAAGGAGCCACAACCAAGAACUGAGUGCAGAGAAAUGAACCGGCUUUUCAGCUGCCUCAUAUUUGUGUAUAAAAAAUCCUGUUUCAUUAAUCUAAUGUAAUUUUCUGAGACGCUGCAUUUUUGGUUUUCAUUAUCUGUAAACUGUAAGCAGCAAAACUGCAAGACAUAAGGACUUGAACUAUUCCACUCUCUAUGUGUAAAGAGUCUGUUCUGACAAGAAAUAUUCAACUUUUUCACAAUAUUCAGAUUUUGAGAAGUAUGUUUUUGUUUCUGAGGGCAGUGAAUUAUAUACUGGUCAUGUAUUUUCCGCCUUAUGCUUUUGACUCGAAACAAUAAGCAUUUCAGAUUGUCUUUAUAUAGAGAAGCAUAAAGCCUUCAGAGAUGGAA